GUGAGACCUGAGAUGGAGGGCGACGAGUUGGUUCAUCGUCCGACGGUCCUCUCGACGACGGCUUCUGCCACGUCACGGCCGCGACACAAGACUUUUGAGCUGUUGGGUCCGGUGAAUAAUAUCUCGUUGGCUGAUAUGUAUAAAGUGUGCGGGAAGAUAAUUGGCAGGUUCCCGAUUGCAUUUAUUAUUGCGACGGUGAUCAUGUGCAGUGGUGGAUUAGGAACAAUCGGUCUCGAACUGAAGGAUAAUGUGCGCGACGGGUACACGCCGAAAAACUCGCUAUCCCGACUGGAAAAUCGCCUUUAUCGAGAGUUCCUGAGUUCCGAAGGUGAUCCGGUGAUGACUACAGUUCUCAUGACUGCCAAAGACGGAGGAUCCAUGCAUCGGAUCAAGUAUUUGGAAGAAGCACAGAGGCAAUGGCUCUACAUCUCCAAAAACCUAUCCGCAGACGUUGGAAACGGCGAGUUCAUGAAAUUCGGAGAUUUCUGUGGCCACUACUGCCAAGCCAACGACAUCAUAGGAUACUUCCUGGACGCCUACAAAACCAAGUCAGCUGACCCAAAAAUGGAUGGCUACCAACUCAAUUACCCAAUUACCACAGUAAUGGGUUAUCAGCUUCAUCUCGAGCGUAACUUUUUCGGGGUUACUGUGAAUCAGUCGGAUCCGGUCACUAAUAUUCAGAGUAUGAAGGUUCUGACGCUUCCUGUGUUGUCAGAGGUACGGACGUUUGAGGAUACGGAUAAGCUGAACAAGUGGGAGCUGGCGGUUUAUAACUAUGCUACAGGAUACUCUGCACUCGAGGGUGACGAUCAUUUGGUGGAGAUUAAUGUGAUCGGUGCUGAAGUCGUCGACACCGAAAUGAACAAGGACGCUCAGAAAAUGGUGCCCUACUUCAUCGUCGGAAUCGUCUCGAUGAUCAUCUUUAUCUUCUGCACCGUAUCCAUCUCUGCCUCCUACUACGGAUACUUCUCCUGGCGAAUCGGACUCAUCGCCCUCGCCUGCCUCUUGGUUCCGAUUCUCGCAAUUCUCACUGCAUUCGGAAUCAAUAAUAUGCUGGGAAAUCGAACGAACUCUCCGAUGAUGAUCAUGCCGUUCUUGAUCAAUGGAAUCGGAGUCAACGAUGCGUUUUUGACACUUCAGAAUUGGUUGCAGCAUAGCCCGGAUCUUCCGUCAGGGAAGCGGUUGGGGUAUAUGUUGGCUGAAGCUGGUCCAUCGAUCACUACGACCACUUUGACAAAUGUCAUUGUUUUUUUGAUCGGGUGGAUGAACCCAACGGAAGAGAUGUCAAUCUUCUGCCUUGGAUGUGCAAUCUCCCUACUCCUCGCCUACGUCUACACCCUCACGUUCUUCUGUCCGGUGCUAGUUCUUCUGCUUAGCGAACGCGUCAAUGAGCCCAGCAAGCUCGAGGGCACUUUCAACAAGGUUCUCGGAUUCUACGCAAAAAUCAUAUGCAGCCGAUGGACAUUUGCACUUCUCAUCAUCGGAAGUCUUGUCUACUGGGGUUUCGGUAUCUAUGGAACACUGGGGAUCCGUGCCGUGUUGAACACUGCAAAGAUCCUUCCCCUGGAGACGCCGAUCCGCAAACCGAACAGGAUUAUCGAGGAGACCGUGUGGAAAGAGUUCUACCCAGUCACCGUGAUUGUGAACAGCCCAGUUGAUAUAAGCAAUGCAAAUGCACUUCGAGCAUUUGACAACCUCGUUCACGACUUUGAAUCGAUGGAAAAGUGCCGGGGAUCCGAGUACACCAUAUCUCCAAUCAGAGACUAUCAGACCUAUUUUUACGGUGUAGGAGCCGAGGACUUUGAUUAUGAGGAAGAAACCGUGAAGAACACCUCACAUUCUUUAGAUUUCAGUAAGCUCACCGGAUUCCUUGCCAACCCUAUCUACAAGCAUCACAAGGGAGGACUAAAACUUAACUUUUCAAAUCCUGUUCCAAUCCGAAAAGUGCAACUGAUAUUCGCUUAUGAAAACGUAACCUCGUGGGAUGAACGGAUUCAGAUUAUGCAGGACUGGCGGACCAUCGCAAGUUCCCACGUGGCCCUAAAUGUUUCAGUGUGGAAUGUGAACGCAAUGUUCGUAGAUCAAAUGCUGAGCCUGAAGGGAUUGGCGAUCUCGAAUGCCCUAGUCACCUUGGGAUGUAUGGCUGCCGUCUGUGUAGUCUUCAUCCGCAACCCCCUCUCAGUUGGCCUAGCGACCGCUUCGAUUUUAUCCAUCUCCAUUGGAGUAACUGGAUACCUGUGCUUCUGGGACUUGGAUCUGGACCCUGUGACCCUGUGCGCAGUAAUUGUUUCAAUUGGAAUGUCCGUUGACUUUGUUGCCCAUGUGGCCUGUCACUAUCAGGUCAGGUAUAAAGAGUUCGAGGAGAAAGGAGUAUUGAAGAGGAUUGAGAUGAAAACUCCCGAAUCUCGAGUCGUCAACUCGCUGUCCAAUGUGCUCUGGCCAAUGGUCCAGUCGGCUUCUUCAACUCUUCUAUGUGUACUUCCACUUGGUAUUCUACAGAACUACCUCCCAAUGGUUUUCGUGAAAACCAUCCUGCUCGUCGUGAUCUGGGGAAUGUUCCACGGUCUUGUGCUGCUCCCGUGCAUUCUUGCACAGUUUCCCCUGUCUGUGUUCAACAAGACGUUCGCCGACUUGUUGUUCGGCAGAACAUCCUCUUCGUCUUGCUCUUCGGAGUCCGAUUCGGAAACCGACACCGGUGAUGCUCAGGAGAUGGUUCCGCUCGCUGGAACCGAGAAGGCUUAAGAUCUGAAAUUAGUUGUUGUUUGUUAUUAUGUACAGUUGGGAUACAAAGUGUAUUAUGUAGUCUGUAGUGUCGCAGUGCUACAAACUACAAAUUCAAAGCUACAAACUAUAAACUCAUUGAGAUCUGGCAGAGCUUUAUAGUUUGUAGUUUUAUGUAGCAGCUACAAACUACAAAUUUCGAUUGUUGUAGUUUGUAGUAUGGCGCACAAACUACAAUGUACAUUUUGCAAGUUUUCUAGAUUUUUUUCUCACUCACACACACACACACACACCGUUUUGCUACGUGGCUGCGAAAAUGGAAAACUCGGCCACGUCGCAAUUCACACAUCGCCAGAAACUUCUAGCUUUACCAGUAGCUUUUCAUGAUCUACUCUUCUUUUUUUUCCCCCCUCAAUUUCUAUUUGAAAUUUCAGAAUUCCCUCAAUUAGUCUUCUGUCACCGUGUCCUCCUCUUUUCCGCAAGCGGGUCCCCUUUUCCCCCCACAGAUCGGCUUCUCAGGGUUCCUAUAGCACUUUUUUCUUCGAUUCUUGUCACACAAAAAAUUGUACUUCCAUCGCUCGACGUGUCCAUUUUUUCUUGUAUUUUUUAAAUGCAUUUUUUGAUAAAUUUGAUUUUUUUUAUCAUCCAGAAAAUGGUCAAAAAUUCAGA